UUUUGAUGACAAUAAAAACACACUAUAUUAUCAUUCAUUUAAAAAGCUAAAGUUGUAAUAUCAGCAUCAAUGAUUAAACAAUAAUUAUUGUUCUUAAACAGAAAUUUGUUUAUUUAUUGCUGAUAAACACAAAAAAAGGUUUUAAUUUCGAAUAACCAUAUAGGUAUUCAAAACAGUAGUUUGUUUAGGUACAAUAUUUAAAUUUACAAACAUCACUAAAAAAAACCAUAUCUAAAGUCAUUUGUCACUAGGCCAAGUAUGACUAAUUAAGGGGGACAGAGAUUUUAAAAAUAACCCUUACUCUUCACUUAAAGUAAACUAAACGUUUAAAAAACAAUUAUGAACCGAAUCUUUUAAGUUAAAAACUGAAAGUGUAACAGCUAGUUUUAAUCAUGAAUCGGAUUUGUAAGGAUCUUCAAGUGUUUUUGGUUCUAAUAUGUCUAUGCUAUUGGCUUGACAGCAACGUUCGGGGGGAGAAUAAAUAUUACGUAAAUAGUCCGGUAUGCCAGAUGCCCUUUGUGGAUCCCUUUACCUGGGAUACAAUGAGUGACUUUCACAGGCUAAAUAUGAGACAUUGCCACAACGACAGCGAUAUGGUGACAAGUGAAUUCGAUUUCGAGACACAUCAAUACAGGUUGCAUAUACACGAGCACCUGGCCAAACCCAUUCUCAAAUCAAAGGGAAACGCUACUUUGCAGUGCGAAUACCAAGAGAUAUCGCGGAAUAACUACGACAAGAAACCCGAUGAAACCUAUAAUCAGUUCGCUAGUCUCCCCAUUACGCAACAUCAGUUUGUUCCGAAUGACACGGACUUUAUGAUCACCAGCUGCUAUGUGAAGGAUGUGAGCAACCAUCGAGAGCUUUUGCAAUCGGAUGCCAUAGCGUUCGUUGAGGAUCAUCUACCCGAAGAGAAUGUCAAGGAUUUUGUGAUGGAACAAAGUGUGGACCCCAAGCCAAGUGUCCUGAUCAUGGGACUGGAUUCGACUUCGCGGAUAAACCUGCGAAGGGCAAUGCCAUUGGUGUACGAGUUCGUUAGCCAACCCGGAUGGAUCGAGAUGCAGGGAUACAACAAGGUGGGCGACAAUACCUUUCCCAAUCUACUGGCCGUUCUGACAGGAGAUUCGGAAGAGGGCGUCAAGGAUGUUUGCGAUGUCCGUAAACCGGGCUGCCUGGACUCACUGAAUUUCAUUUGGAAGCGUUUCAAAAAUGCCAAUUACACGACAGCUUUUGCAGAGGAUUGCCAAUCUAUUUCUACGUUUAACUAUCUGAAACCGGGCUUUGUGGAGCAGCCAACGGAUUUCUAUCUGCGUCCUCUACUUGUGGCAAUUGAAAGACAGUUUAAAGUGACCAAAGACUUUGGAUUUGCCUACUGCGUGGGUCGCCGUCUCAGCUUCAGUUAUGUAUGGGACUUUGGCCAGCAGUUCAUCGAUCGUUUUCUGGGCAGAGCCCCAAUGUUUGGAUUUCUGUGGAGCAAUAGCUUCACCCACGAUUACUACGAGGGUGCCACGGCAUUGGACAAGCUCUUUCGGAAGUAUCUCAAGUCCUUCGAGGAGUCCAAUCUCUUUAGGCAAUCGAUUGUGAUUCUGAUGAGUGAUCACGGCCAUCGAUAUAAUACAUUGAGACGUGCCGCCUCAGGGUAUUAUGAGGAGCGCCUGCCCAUGAUGUUUAUCCAUGUACCGCCCUGGUUUCGACGCAAAUAUCCCCAUCUGGUGAAGAAUCUGAAGACGAACCGCAAUCGCUUGUCCUCCAAUUAUGACCUCUACAUGACCCUGCAGCAUUUGCUCCAGCUGGAUAGCAAAUCCAUGGAUGAUUUUCCCGAAAAUUUCAAGGCCCGGCAGUGCAAGAGCUGUCAGUCGCUGUUCUUUGAACUGCCUUUCAAUCGCACCUGCCAAAUGGCUGGAAUCGAGGAGAAAUGGUGCUGUUGUCAGCCCACGAAAACUAUAACAAAGGCUCCAUAUGUGAAGAAUAUUGCCAAAGUAAUUGUUCAGCGAAUGAAUAAGCAUUUAAGGAGCCAUAAUCUUACCGAACUUUGCCACGAUUACACCUUGACAAAAAUCUACAGAGCAGACCGAAAGAACAUCCUGUCUACUGGUCUUAAGCCAGCCGAUAAGGACGAACAUGUGUACAUCAUUGCCUUCGUGACGCGGCCAAAGAAACCUCUAUUCGAGGCAACUGUCCGUUGGAACAAUCGCACCCGGAAGUUGUCUCCCAUAAAAGUGGAGGAUCUGAGUCGACUGAACUCGUACAGAAACGAUGCCAAGUGCAUAAAUCAAAAGAAUGCCAAAAAAUACUGCAUAUGCAAGGACAGCUUAGACGAACCUAGUGAGGAUUAGCAUAAAAUAUAUUUUAUUUAUAAGCGAAAUUUAUUUUGCAGCUACUUUAAACUAAAUAUAUAUUUGUUUAAUGAUCAUCAAAAAAAGUUUGUUUUCUUUCGUAUAUGUUGGCAGCAGAACUAAUCAAAAGUAAAAACAUUAAGUUCUAAAAAAUACUAUAACGUUUCUAUUACAAUUUUUAAAAAAAUUUCAAUAACUGCAAAGAUUUGUAUUUUUUUUUGCAUUUAAAGCCAACAUUUUUGAAACUUAUUCAACUAUGUUUAUACUAUGUUCAUUUAGACAUUUGUACAUUGUGUUUUCGGGUCAAAGAACUGCUACACUUCUAGGUGUACAAAGAAAUAAUAAUAAAUGCAAGCUAUCCCAUGGGAUAUUAUAUGUAACCCAAAUACGUCAUGAAUUACUCAACUCUAUGACAGUAAUAAAUCGCUGGGGCUUAUUCAGUGGCACAUUAGCUUCCUACGCCAAUAUAAACAAUAAACCCUUGGGUAAAGUACUGCUGCAGUGGGGCUACUUCAGGCUUAUCUUAAUUACACACUCAAAUCGAUUGAAAUGUUUGAUUGAUUAACCGACACUUUCCCCAGAACAUCUGUUCUUGGUGCAGGGAAACACCUUUCGUGUUCGUUCUUUUACCGAGUAUGACAAAAAAGUUAAAUUAAAUAAGCAAAUGCUGAUAACGUUGAAAUAGUUUCACAAUCUAUAGAAAUAGCAACUCAGUUCAGCUUAGUACACUUGUUCCCAACGAUAAAACACAAUCGCUCACACACACGAUAAUAAGGAUGAGUGAUGAUAGAUACAUGAUUUAUGGACUUAGUUCAUUUCGGGUCACCAAGCGGGAAAUCAGAGUCAACGCUUAUCGUUAAGACCCACGAAUUUAUGAGUUAUAGAGUGUUGGUACGACAA